ACAUUUUCAUUGGUGGUCAAUGGCAAAGUGGAUAUCCGACGCUGCUCCGGUGCCUUCCGUGCGCUCUGUUGCUUAUCAGCUUCCAAUCUCCCGCUUCUCCCCUUAUCUUCUCCAAUAGCCACCGAACUCCUGAAAGUUUAGAGCAAUGGCGAUGAACGUGCUCCCGCUGACAACCCCGCGGGCGUACUUAGAGGGCAAGCCCGUGGGCGGGACGCAGGCCCUUCUCUCCGACCACCUCCGCCGCCACAUCUAUAACCUUGGCUGCGUCACCGGCAUCGACGGCAGCUUCACCGUCAAAGCCGCCCCCCGCAAACCUCGUCAGUUCAUCGUCGUGGCACCCUCUGUGUCACCGUCAGGGGUUCUGAAGGCGCGGUUCGUGCCGGAACGCAUGUACGCGCUGUUCAGAAGCGGGGCCGUGCUAUCCUCUUGGACGCCGAAGCCCAACCUUCAUAAGUCUCCAAACUGCACGGGUUGCGCUGCACAUGCUGUGAAAGCUGAGAAUUACCAGUACCCUUUUGAUGCUGCAAUCAAGCUUCACCAAUUGGGUAUCGACUGGAAUGCAUUUGGUCAGAAUUCACUAGGCCAUCCAAAACAAUUUCAGUAUAGGGGUAGGCAUCUAAGUGGUUCUGUGCGAGCAGGACCACUAAAUGGCAGCCUUGAUCCUGUGCCAUCAAUUCAAUGCAUUGUCCUUGACAUAGAAGGAACAACUACUCCAAUAACAUUUGUUACAGAUGUUCUUUUUCCAUAUGCUCGUGAUAACGUGAGAAAACAUUUGAUGUCCACAUAUGACAGCAAGGAAACAAAAGAAGAUAUUAAGCUAUUGCGUGCCCAAGUUGAGGAUGACCUGAAAGAAGGGAUUUUGGGUUCAGUACCUGUUCCAUCUGAUGAUGCUGGAAAAGAUGAGGUGAUUGAUUCUUUAGUAACUAAUGUUGAGGCCAUGAUAAGAGCUGACAGAAAAAUUACCUCUCUUAAACAAUUGCAGGGUCAUAUAUGGAGGACUGGAUUUGAGAACAAAGAAUUGCAAGGAGUUGUUUAUGAGGAUGUUCCAGAAGCACUUCUGAAGUGGCAUGCUAAUGGCAUAAAGGUUUACAUAUAUUCAAGUGGUAGCAGAGAGGCUCAGAGACUUAUAUUUGGAAACACUUCUUAUGGAGACUUACGAAAAUACCUAUGUGGAUUUUUUGACACCACAGUUGGAAAUAAAAGAGAAUCGCGGAGUUACUUUGAAAUUUCUGUGUCAGUGGGAGUCGAUGAACCUUCUCAAGUCCUGUUUGUAACUGAUGUCUAUGCAGAAGCUGUGGCAGCAAAGGCUGCAGGUCUCCAAGUGUUGAUCUCCGUUCGUCCUGGAAAUGCACCUCUUCCCGAGAAUCACGGAUUUAAAACAAUAAAAUCCUUUGCCGAUAUCCAAUGACUUGAGAUUUAUUCAUUUUCCUGGCUUCCUGGUAAUGGAACAUAAGUGAAUCGUUCCAUCUUUGGAGGAAGUUCCUACUCAAUUUCCAGGUAAAAUUAUCAAGAAAAAACCAAUUACCAUUCACAUUAUUAUGAUCAAGAAUCCUUACGAGGUCAAUAAGGACAGAGAUCUUACAUUGUUGGAAGUCAAGAAAGGCGGCAAGCGUGUUCUUGUUUUACAGGCUCUUUUGAAGGACAAAAUCAUGUGGCUUUUGAGUCAAAUGGAGAGCAACCAAAUGGGCAAUAUCUUAAUAAUGCUGCUUGAUGCCUCUUUACAAUUAGUGAUCCCUAAACUUUUAUGUAUGUAUUUGUCAUAUACACUAUCUGUUCAGGUAUGCAUGAAUACUUAUGAAUAAUUUAUUUUCAUUUUCUAUAUAUUCUUUUUUCACUUA